AUGACAUCCAACGACCUAAUCCGAUGCCACACAUUGACGCUCUACAGCAAAGACAUGAUUCCAACUGUCGUUGACAGCACCGAACUCAACACCAACGACCCCAACAACCCCUGGUACACCUGCCCCAUCUCUGCUUCGCUCGACGUCCCUCUCAAAUUCAGAAUCCAACCCGGCGCCAACCACAGCUCCUACCACGCCCGAAAGCUGGGCUGCCGCACCGUCAACGCCAUCGCCAAACAUCUCUCCCUCGACACGGACCUCAACUCACCCACCUUCGGCACCUGCAUCGAUCCACCCAUCACAGAAGACAUCCUUGUUGCCCGCGUGGACAGCGAAGACCUCAACUUCCAACUCCUGCAUGGCGUGCUUGAGUAUGUCAAACUCGCAGUGUACAUGGCGAUGUCGGACUUCGUGUCGGUGCUGGAGGGGUAUCAGACGUAUCCCGGUGCGUGUCGGGCCGUUCGAUUUCAGUUUUCAGAGGCCUGGGCGAAGCGGAGCUGGGAGUUGCCGAAGGGGGUGCAGUGGAGAGUAGGGCGGGGAGACAGGAUGCUCGGGCGGAAUCCGUUUGCUUGA